GAGGCGAUUCGAUUAUUCGAAAAGUCACUCGGAUUCAAGAAUGAGGUGAAAUGGACAAGCGCGAUCGCUAUAAUAGUGUAUCAUAUAGUCGGUGUAUAUUGGUGUCUAAACUAUACUUUCCCGGUGAAAUGGCAGACUGUUGUGUUCGCUGUAAUAAUGUACGUGGCGACGGGGUUCGGAAUAACGGGUGGGGCACACCGGCUGUGGACACAUAGAGCUUAUAAAGCGAAAACCCCCCUCAAGCUGUUCCUGCUUAUGUGCUACGCCAGCGCUGGACAGAACUCUCUAGAACAAUGGGUGCGAGACCACCGCGUACACCACAAGUACAGCGACACAGAUGCGGACCCACACAACGCUAAUCGAGGGCUGUUCUUCUCACACAUAGGCUGGCUGAUGCUGAAGAAAAAUGAGCAGGUACUGUUUCGGGGUAAACAGAUGGACAUGAGCGAUAUUAAAGAGGAUCCCAUAUUGAGAUUUUAUAACAAGUAUUUCACAUACUUCAAGCUACUUUUCUGCUAUAUCCUGCCUCUAACCAUCAGUGUGUGCUGCUGGGGCGAAGACUGGAGGUGCGCUAUAGCCUGGCAAUGGUUCCUACGGUUCCUGAGCAUGUUCCAUAGCGAGCUGACUGUUAAUAGCUUAGCUCAUGCGUAUGGAAACAGGCCUUAUAAUAAGGACAUAAUACCAGCUGAAAACCGCUUCGUCGCAACCUGCACGUUGGGGGAGGGCUGGCAUAACUACCACCACGUGUUCCCCUUCGACUACAAAGCGGCGGAACACUUCGACACGUUCAAUUUCGGCACCAAAUUCAUAGAUAUGUUCCACAAAAUCGGCUGGGCGUACGACUUGAGGAAGGCAACACCGGAAAUGAUUAGCUCCGUAGCGGGGAGACUCGGAGACGGUACGCCUAUACACUUUCCAGCUGAAUACUGAUGUAGCUCUGACUAUAGUAUUAUAGGCAGAGGCAUGAGACGUGAAUAUAUCACAAUGAAGUUUUGUUUCAA